AUCACUGUAUCAGUUGUAAAUGGUAAAAAUGUGAUUGACGGAGGUGAGUCCAUCAACUGUUCUAUAAUACACGGUAGUUUAAGCGAUAAAAGCUUUGAUUUUUAUUUAGAAGCUCAACGGAUGAAUAGUCGAGAAGCAGGGUACUUAAUCAAGCGGAGAAUAUUACAUGUCUGUGAAAUUACGAUUUUCUUUUAGAACUGAUACUAAAGAUCCAAAUUCGGCUCCAACAAGAAAUUUUUCAAAUUCUACACUUGCGAUACUUGAACAGUUGCAAAGACAUGUUGCUGUACAUUUAUUUGAAUGGAAAUGGAAUGAUAUUGCAGCAGAGUGUGAACGAUUUUUAGGGCCAAAAGGUUAUUCAGGCGUUCAGGUGUCACCACCAAAUGAGCAUGCUAUAUUGGAUUAUGCUAAUCGCCCCUGGUAUGAACGUUAUCAACCGGUUAGCUAUAAACUAAUAAGUCGCAGUGGUACGGAAGAAGAAUUUAUUGAUAUGGUUAAUCGUUGUAACGCUGUUGGAGUACGUAUUUAUGUCGAUGCUGUUAUUAAUCACAUGGCUGCAGGAGGAAUCGUAGGAUCUGGUGGGUCAUCAUAUUCCACUUCAGAAAAAAGUUAUCCAGCAGUACCGUAUUCAAGUUGGGAUUUUAGUGAUAAUAUGUGUAAUACAGCAAGUGGUGGUAUUGAAAACUACGAUGACAUCUAUCAGGUAGAUGAAUCCUCCUCGUAG